GGUUCUGGCGUGUUAAACUCAGUGAUUUACAGUGCCUUACGCUUGGCGCUAAGUUUCAGUCUCCCAACUAUUUGUGUGAGGAAUGGUGUAAUAUCAGUUUAUGCCAAGGAAAGACAAGUUAACUUGAAAAAUUUGCGAAGGUAAUCAGAAUAUUCCAGCCUGCUUCAGAUGGAUGGGAAAGGAAGCAGCAUGUCAUCCCUACCAAAGCCAGUGUUCAUAGCGCGCGGCUCGCCGGGCCUGCUCUUCGGCCAGGGCGUCAAGUGCGAGCCGUUCCCGGGACCCGAGGGCGAGGCGUUCACCGACUGCCGUGGCCUCGAGUUCAGCGCCGAUGGCUCCCGGCUGGCCUGGGUCACCAGCUCCUGCGUGAAGGUGGCCGAGACGACGACCUGGAAGGUGAUCAUGGAGGCGGAGAUCGCCAAGGUGGGCGCCGUCAAGUUCUCACCGACGGCCGCCUUCCUCGCCAUCUGGCACCCGUUCUUUGUGACCAAGGAAAACCCGCAGGGUGCCCCGAAUAUGUUCGUCUAUGAUGUCGCGAAAAAGGAGUGCAUCAAGAUCCUCACCCAUAAGAAAUACCAGACUUGGGAGAUGCAGUGGACGCCGGACGACGCCAUUUGCGCGCGCAACGUCUCGAACGAGGUGCACUUCUUCGAGGGCGGCCAGCUGGACACCGUGCGUCACAAGCUGCGUCUGGACGGCCUGUCCGAGUACAGCCUGGCGCCGAGCACGCGGCCGCACGUGGUCGCCUUCCUGCCCUCCGUCGGGGGUCGGCCGGCCGGCGCUCGUCUCUUCAAGUACCCCAAUCUGACGGAGGAGGCUGCUAUUGGACGGAAAAGCUUCUUCAAUGCCAACACGGUGGAGAUGAAGUGGAACAGUCGCGGCAACACGUGUCUGCUGCUGACCUCCACCGACGUCGACAAGACGGGCCAGUCGUACUACGGCGAGACGUCCAUCUACUGCCUGGACACCAAGGGCGCCACGGCCCACCUGCAGCCCGGCGGCAAGAAGGGCCCCGUUUACUCUUUCGAGUGGAGUCCUCUGGGCACCGAGUUCUGCCUCGUCUAUGGCUUCAUGCCGGCCAAGGCCACGCUCUACAACAUCAAGUGCGACCCCGUGUUCGAGUUCGAGCCGGCGCAUCGCAACGCCGUGUUCUACAACGCACACGGAAACUUGCUGGUGUUGGCCGGCUUCGGCAACCUGCGCGGCAAGAUCGAGGUGUGGGACGCCGAGACGCGCCGCCAGGUGGCCAGCGGCGACUGUCCGGACACCACCGAGCUGCGCUGGGCGCCUGACGGCAAACACUUCUCGGUGGCCACAUGCGCGCCCCGACUGCGGCAGGGCAACGGCUUCCGCGUCUGGCACUACACGCUGCAGCUGCAGUACGAGAAGAACAUGGCCGAGAAGCACGAGCUGUAUGAGACGUACUGGCAGCCGUUCCCAGCCGGCGUGUUCCCCAAGCCGGUGGUGGGCGCCGAGAAGGUGCAGGGUCUCAAGCCCACCCAGCCGCCACCCGCGAAGACGGCGUACGUGCCGCCCAACAUGCGCGGCUUGGGCCGGAGCGGACAGCCGGAGCGCAAGAAGGUGCUGCCGCCGGGGAUGAGCGAGCCGGAGCCAGAGAAGAAGUCGAAGUCGAAGAACAAGAAGAAGGGAGGUGGCGACGCACCGAAGCCGGCGCCGGUGGCGCCCCAGCCGGUCGAGGACGAGCCGUUCGUGCCGCCGUCGGCUAACGAGGCGCCGCCGCCGCCGCACGCCGCGCAGAGUGCACCCUCCUCCGACCGCAAGAAGAAGCGCGACAACCUGAAAAAGAAACUGAAGGACAUCGCUAAGCUGAAGGCUGACAAGGCUGCGGGCAAGGAGAUGAACCAGGAGCAGCUGGAGAAGAUCUCGCGAGAGGCAGAGCUCACCAAGGAGCUGCAGACACUGGCCUUGUAGCCCCGGCCUGCACUAGGCCAGUUGUUUGGGACGGGGUGGGGGCGGGCCGCUGCCGGCUGUCAGCGCGCCGCGCGUUUGAUACUAUUUUAUGGCGGGCCGGCGCUGACGCGGCUCGUUCGUGCAAUGUGAUGAUCGCUUGUUGUGGUUUGCCGGUUCAGUGGCAUCACUGGUGACGAGAACGGUCAGGCCCGUGGCGCCUUAUCUUGUAAAAUACCACCGCAACGAACUCCU